AACAGAACAGACCAGAACAAAAAUAAGAGAGGUUAUAAAGGUUCCAUACGUAAACGAGUCACCGACCAAACGGUUGUAACUCUACUUUUCAUCCGUCGUUUUUCACUCCCCGUCUUGUUCGUGCUCUCAAGCCUUGCCAACAUCAUCAGAUUUUCCAAAACCAACAACACGAACCCAACGAAUUAUCUCAAAAACAAUUUCCGGGUCUUUCAUUUCAGUCCAAAAUCUCAGAUGGGUCGUCGGCAGAGCGACUCAGAACUCGGCCGUCUCACACUUCUGGCCCUUUUCCUGAUGGGCGCAAUCUUCUGCUGCAUGGUGUACCUGUUCCUCGCUGUGGCCUCAAAACCCAGCAGCAUAACAACAGCUGAUUCGGUUUCGGAAUUCGGAGACGUUGGAUGGAGGAGUGGAGAAGAAGAUGGAGAAUGCUGCAGAGGGAUUGAGAAUUUAGAGCUCUGGGGUGAUGCUGUGAAAUGGGGUUCUGAGUUUAAGGUGAAUUCUUCUAAAGAGUGCUGCAUGUCUUGUAAGGAUAUGUGCGGGGAUCGAGAUGGGCAUUGUUUGUGUGACAGUUGGGUGUUUUGUGGGGAUAGAGAGGCUUGUGGACUUAGAUAUGGUGAGUGUUGGUUAAAGAAACAAAAGGAUACCUUGGACCCUGAUCGGAAAGACUCAGGUGAUCUGAUUGCAUGGACUUCUGGACUCGUCUUUGGAAAAGGAGAGGGUAUUGUCGGCUUGGAAACAGAGUAUGGGACUCUUCAUAUAAAGCAUCUACUCUCGUUCGGUCUUAAAUUUAUGCAGCUCCGUCCUGAUUGUGCCCCACAUUCUGUUGCCUACAUUCUUGAGCUGUUGCAAGUGCCCCGUUAUGCAGGCUGCCAAUUUUAUCGCGCAGAAAACCGGGGAAGCUUUUGGGACUCACUAGGAAACCAUGUAAAAAAUGCUCCGUUUGGCCCGCCUUUCGCGCUAAUACAAGGAACGCUUGCAGCUCACGGGUUCGUAUUUAAGGAGAUUCCGGCAGAGGUGUCUGGCACCAUCAGAAGAGGAUCGGUUGCCUGGAUUGGUUCCGGUCCAGAAUUCUUCAUCAGCCUAGCCAACCAUUUUGAGUGGAAAAAAGCUUACACUGUGUUUGGUUCCGUUCUUCCUGAAGACAUGGAAAUCGCCGAGAAAAUUGCCCAGCUUCCGACCAAACAAGAGGUCUGGAGUAACAUCAAUGUCUCCGUCUUGGAGAGUCCUGUCGCUUUAUGGUUCCGAAGAAUCAAGCCGGAAUCAUGAUGCUGCAAGGUUCGCCGGAAUAAUGACAUUGCCAGGUUCGAUGCGUACAUAAACACGCAUCAUGCUCAGUGUGAUGCUGUUUUUCUUGGGCUUUCUACUUAAAACACAUAUUGGCGAAGAAAAUGCAAGUUUAAUAGUUGUUCGUCCUUGCUAGUUAGAUUUGUUGCCUAUUCAAUUUGUAGAUAAAGAGAGUUCCCAGAUAUUGAUUCUCUAAGCAUUGUGUUACGAUACCAAGCAAACUGCAUCGCGUAAUCGCUACUCGGUUUCUAAAAUCAUACCAUGCUUUGUGUUGCUAGAUUCAGAAUCUGCUAGGCCGUCUGACAAGAGAACAUUUUUCUCGAAUAUAUAGUUUCCACUACACGAGACAAAAAGCUAAUCUACAUAGUUUCCGCUACGCGAGACCACAGGCUACAAAGACUAAGCUACAAUCUUCGACUAGAACCAAGCUAACGUGACCAAGUUCCACAUUCCCUCAACACUUUGAAAACAAAAGGAAAUUGUAAAAAGUGGCUCGUAAACGAGAG